UUCGCAGGUUUCCUGGUCAGUGCGUCUGAUGCUGGAGUCGGAGUCACGUCUCUGUGGAUAAUCUCAUCGAGCUGUUCUUCUGAAUACAUCGAUAUGAAGGCGCUAACGGGGCUGCUGCUGUUGGUCUUUGGUCACGGUGUGUCCUCAGUGCUUCACUCUAUGCAGUAUUUCUACACGGGGUCGUCUGGACUCUCAACCUUCCCAGAGUUUGUUGCUGUUGGGAUGGUGGAUGGAGUUCAGUUUGAGUACUAUGACAGCAACACCCAGAGAACAGUCCUCAAACAGGACUGGAUGGAGCGGUACACCAUCAGAGAUGACCCCGACUACCUGGAGAGGAACACUGGAAUCUAUCUGGGUACCCAGCAGUGGUUCAAAGCCGACAUUGGGACUCUGAAGAAGCGCUUUAACCAGACAGGAGGUAUCCACUUAUAUCAGAGGAUGUAUGGUUGUGAGUGGGAUGAUGAGGAUGAUUCUACUGAUGGUUAUGAGCAGUUUGGUUAUGAUGGAGAGGACUUCAUAUCGUUGGACCUGAAGACCCUGACCUGGGUCGCUGCAGUACCUCAGGCUGUCAUCAUCACACUGAUAUGGAAUGAGGAUGAAGCCAAUUUACAAUACCAGAAGAACUACUACACCAAGGAGUGUGUUGGUGGGCUGAAGACGCUCCUGUCCUAUGGGAAGAGCACUCUGCAGAGAACAGAGCGUCCGCGGGUGUCUCUGCUCCAGAGGAGCCCCUCCUCCCCAGUGGUGUGCCAUGCUACAGGCUUCUACCCUGACAGGGUGGUGGUGUUCUGGAGGAGAGACGGCCAGGAGCUCCAUGAGCAGGUGGACCCCGGGGAGGUCCUCCCCAACCACGACGGGACCUUCCAGGUCAGCGUGGACCUCAACCUCACGGCCGUCCCACAGGAGGACUGGGGGAGGUACGAGUGUGUGGUCCAGCUGAGAGGCAUCGAGGACAUCUCCACCCCCCUGGACCCCGCCCUCAUCAGGACCAACUGGGAGGAUCAGAGUGGCCUCACCAUCCCCAUCAUCAUUGGGUUCGUUGUUCUCCUCCUCACUGCUGCUGCUGCUGUUGUUGGAGUCCUUCUGUACAAGAAGAGGAACGGUUCUGACAGCAGCUCUGAGAACACUGAGGGGCAGAAUCCGGCUCCUGAGGCCCGACCUCUGACCACAGUUCAAAGUUAAAUCAUGAAGAGGCUCCCUAAACAAGGUUGGAGUGGAUCGCCGUUCAUCGCAGUUAUAAUCGUUACUAACAGGCUUGGGACUUCAGCUAACUAAAGAUGCUAUAUUUGCUGAAUUAAAUAACAUUCAUACUUAACUUUAUUUUGAUAUCAACCAUUAACCUGUAAGAAUUGUAAAUCAAUAGAUCGCUGUAUUUGUAGGGCGCACUCACACUAGCCCUAAAUCACCGUGCCCAAGUCCGCUUCACACCUGUACCGUGCUCAAGUCUAGAUCGUUUGGCUAGUGUGAGCAUGCCGACCGUACUCAAGUACAGUUCAAAUCCGUGACCCGAGCACACUUCGGAGAGGUGUGCUCGGGUCACGGUACAGAUGCUAAUUGGCCGACAUGCGCACACGCAUGGCUACGCAACCUGAGCUGGAUGACGUUUAUUCCAUGUCACCCUUCUUUCCCAAUGAACAAUAAAGAUGACGACAGGCGGUUCACGAGUGGGUUCACGUUGGUGCGAUAGGGAAGUUGAGUUUUUAAAUCCCCUGUUCGUCACGGCAUGUGCUUUUUUGGUUCACUGGAGAAGGCGGGGCUGCGCACGGAGUCUAGACAUCUUUAGAAUAAUUUGCAUACUCCCGAAUGUUACAAUUUUUUUAUGAAUGAAGACACCCAUGCAAGAAUAAGUUCAUAUCUGAGUGUAGGCUACAAACGCGAUUAACUAUAUACAAGUGCAAAAAACCCAACAUAUUCUUUAUUUUGAUGAACACGCAAAAAUCUUUAUAUUUCUUUCCCGACAAAAGCCUUGUAAGGACAGUUUCUCUGAGUCUCUCUCGUAGAUCGCACCAUCUUUGAACGUCCUAUAAUGCGACUGCACCUUCUCUAACAUGAAAAGCAGCUCGGGGUUUUCACUUUCUCUCCAGUUUGAACUGCUCAUGAUCAUAUCACCCCCCCCCCCCCCCGGAGGACCUUUUCUUGUAUUCGUAAAUGUGUUUUUAACAAAGAAUCUGGAAUUACAUUAAAUAUGUAUGUAUUUUUAAUUAUCCAAAUGUAAAAUCCCUGUACUCGUUUUCUCGGCUCUCAUCAGAUUACUUUGGAUCCGACCAAGAGCAGUUCGUAGGCCUACUUUGUGUAGUGCAAGAUGAAUGUUUACAAUGUUGUGCAUUUUAAGUGUUUAGACAGGUAUUGUGUUAGUGUGGCUUUUUAGCAGUUGGACUGCGUCAUAUUAUUUUGUGUAUUUUUUUUAAUUAUUUUGUUUUAGUGAGCAGGUUAACAUGCUUGCUUUCAAACUGUAUCUGCGCUAGCGUUCGCCAUGUUGCGUCCUGCACUGCGCCGUUCAAUUCCACCUACAUUUUCUUUGUGUUAUGCGUUUGUUGAUGGCGGAUGACCUACUGUUUUCUUUUUGUCUUAAACACUUGACAG